GUUUGACAACUCGUUUGAACACGACUUCGACCAGCGACUCCAGCGAGUGGCGACUGAAAUGAAUACAACUGCUUCAUAUUCAUCAGAACAAUCGUGGCUAACCCCGGCGCACAGUCGGCGCGGCUCGUUAGAGAGCACGCUUAGUAUCCAGGGAAAGGAGACAGAUUAUGUGCGAGACACGAGCGACACAGAUUGCUCCAGCGACAAGGGGGAGUACGAGCCGGUGACGGAGCCCGAGGAUGAGGGGCCGCUGGACUGGGACUCUUCUGGACAGAGCGACAACGAAAUAAUAGCAACAAAAGUGAUCGAAGUGAGCGUCGGCGACGACGGGGACCUCGAGUUCGCGGACUCGGAGCAGGACGAGUCCGAGGGCAGCGACUCCGAGAUGGACCUCCACGACUUCUGGGAGUGCGCGCAGUGCCGCGCCGAGAACAACAACCCGCUGUACCGGUACUGCGAGAAGUGUUUUAAGGUACGUAAAAACUUCUUCCCGCCGAGGCCGAGAAAAAACAAGCGUAAGCGAGUAUCUGACGUUCCGCGAACUAGCUCGGUCGAUUCCGGGGUCGAAUCCGCCUUUAACAGCCAGGAGAGUCUAUCCCAGGCCACUGACCAUGAUAGCCAGGUUGCUAAUAGCCAGGGAACUGAUAGCCAGGUUACUAAUAGCCAGGGAACUGAUAGCCAGGUUACUAAUAGCCAGGGAACUGAUAUCCAGGUGACUGAUAGCCAAGCAACUGAUCUUAGUCAACCUGGCUCCAGUCAAAUCGAGCUAAGUCAACCUGAGUCCCAAGGUACAUCCUCUACGCCGAUUUUAGGUAGGCUUUUAAAGCGCCGCGCUGAAUCCGCCGAUCGUAAUAACAAGAGAAUGAGAAUCGAUUAUUCCGAUAGUGAUAGCGAGGAUGAGCCUAGAUGUAGGAAAGCUAAAAGCGCCGAUCCCGAAGUAGCACCUUUAGUUAAAACUACCAGCGAUCCAUCGCUUACAAUCGAUGAUUCUGUCAAACUUACUAAGAAAGCGAUUAUCAAUUCGAUUAAAGAUAAGUUCGAGAAUGAGAAUCUGUGCAUAAUUUGCUACGCUGAGCCUAAGUCGGCAGUUUUCGUGCAUGGUAGGAUAGCACAUAUUUGCUGUUGCUAUGAGUGCGCUAACAAGGUUUGGAGGAAGGCUAAAAGGUGUCCGCAGUGCAAUUGUAAAGUUAGUAAUGUUUUGAGAGUUUUGUAGAUAUGUGAACGUGCGAGCAUGUUUAUAAAGGUUUGUACUAAAAUGGGGUCGUCCAUUAAUUACAUCACACAAAAUUUUGAUGUUUCAGACCUUGUCACACUUUUUCAUAGCAAAAAGAUAGGUCUUUGAUACGUACUGUCACACUAGGCAUAACAAAUUUGUAAAAAAAAAUGCGACGCGAAGUAUUACUCAAAUAAAUAUUUUUGACUUUAGUACAAAUCUUGAUAAAAAUGCUUCUGCGUUAACGACACAGAGUUUCGCCUGGAACUAGAAAAAAAUUAAAAAUAAACAUCUAAUAAUAAAAUAAAAAACAAAUAAACAAUUUUGAAGAUUUUACGCUAAAUUAUUCGUUAUAGGUACCUUAUAAAGUCAGUAUUUUUUUCUCGUUCAAGGCGAAACAAAGUGCGACAUUUCGAAAUCUCGCUUGCUUUAUUUAAAUCGUACCAACCAACAGAUGUGUUCACAUUUUCGGUUUUGCUCCGUCUAUUUAAUGCCUUAAAAAACUCAGUAACUGAGUCUAUGGCUUGAAAAAGGCUGAGUUUUUAAAUUAGAUAUGUACUCAAUGUUUUUAAAUUUACCUAAAAAUACAAUCAUUGUAUUGAUGAUUAAAGUCACUAGUAAAUAAGAUUAUUAUUAAUUUGCCACAAUUUUCAGUAUUUUAGGCUAAGUGAGUGAAUGAUUCGAAAUGUUGUAUGUCAUUUGAGUUGUAAGAACUUUUUUUUUAAUGUGCGGACAACCUUUAUAGCCAACCGCCUGACAAUUAAUUCAGAACUUCUGAGCAAGCCGUCUGACGAUGUGGUAUGCUAAAUAAAUAAAUAUUGAAUAUGCUAACCAGAUUUAUUUUUGACAAAAAACCAUUAAGUAUUUCAUGUUGCCUGUUCCCCGUAAAUGCGGUAAUCUAAUAAUUAUUUCUGGAAAGCACAUGUUUUUACUAUAUAAUAUUUGCCUGAAUGGUGACUAUAGCUAUUUACAAUCGUCAAAAUAACGCCACAGGUACCACAUUGCUAGAUGACUCGUUGCGGAAACUGAAAUAUUUUGUACAGAUGUAGUGCAUAAUUAUUUUCCAUCGUAUUCUCACGGAAACGUACGAACGUGUAUUGCUAUUUCAGUCAGUCUCGGUACAAAAAGUACUGAGGUUGACUGAAGUAGCAUGACAAAUACGAACGUUUCCGAGAAAAUACUACGGCAAAACAAUUAUUCACUGGAUCUGUAGGUGUUUACUAAACUCAUAGUCGUAAAAAACUGCUAAAUGACCAUUCGUUUACCUUAGGUGCCAUUCAUUUGUUAUGUAAGACGAUUUUUGCCAAUUUUUGACCCCCUCCCAUCCGUAAGAAAAAAUAAGAAUAUACCAUACCUCCCCCUGUAUUAUGUGAGAAUCUAAAGGGAUAAAUAGAAUACAGUUUUUAUUUUUCAAAGAAACAUUUAUUAGUAGGGGUCACUUGGGUCUUGCAAAUCGGUUAACUGCGGUUUUUUAUUUUAAUUUUUGGUUAUCAACUAUGGUUUUGUUUUAAAUUGCAUUUUUGCGAUCUUACGUAAGAACUGUCAAGACUCCCUCCACCCCCUUGUAAGAAAAAAUAAGUCAUGUACAACCCCUCUCCCCCCUAAAUCGUCUUACGUAAUAAUUGAAUGGGGCCUUAUUGUAUCGAAGUAUGGUCUACCAGUUGUGUUACAGUUAAUACAUCAAUCAGCCUCAUCAGCUUCAAACAUAAGUACGAUACAGAUUUUGCAGGCAAAUUGAGUCGUAAAAUAGUAAUUUAAAUACGAAAUUGCUUUUUAAUUAAGGAAGCUGAGUAAAAACAAUUAACAAGUUUUGCUGGAAUUCGUGAGGCAUAACGUACCCUUACCACGAGUCACUGAUAGUGUCAAUAAUGAUAUAUUCACUAGCGUGUGCGUAACUUACUUUCUAUGCAUCUCGCUCGUACUGGUUCGUUAGUGCGAUUAGUACGAACGAGAUGUAUAGAAAGUAAGUUACGUAGACGUUAGUGAAUAUGUCAGUUUUGACACUGUCAGUGACUCAUGGUAAGGCUACAGGCCUUAAAAAGGUUUCAAUUAUAUUGAACAAUUUUGAUUAAUCAAUCAAGAAUUUUAAAGAUGAUUAACAAUUACAUGAUUAUAUUGGUUCAACGCGACACAUUUCGUUUUUUUUUUAUAUUUAAUUAAUUCAUUUCGUUAUGUCCAGGAAAUAUCUCUUAUUUCCUUAUAAUGGUAAUUCAUACAAGGGACGGUGCUAUAGGAUAAAAUUAUAGAAUAGUAAAGGCUUCUACAGACGUUGCAAUAAAUGGCAUGCGAUUUUAGAUCAUCGCUGGCUAAGUAGGUGCAAGGAAUUCGACCUAUCAAAUGCCGCAAUGUAUCGCAAAUCGCAUGCGAUUAUCGUGACGUUUGUAGAGGCCAUUAUAGUGAAAUUGAUUGGAAUAGACUAGUGUAGAAACUCGUGCCACCGAACAGAGUAAUAUAUUUCUUUUAAAUUAGUUUAGGGUUAAAAAGCUUCAUAGCUUGCACUGGUUGUAAUUUGUUUUAAUGCCAAAAGUGAGGAUCAUUUUUAUUUAGUUAGACCACAUAGCUUUUAGCUUGAAGCUAGAUGCAAACGGAGUUUAAUUUUAGGUUUCGAAGGAAUUCAAAUAGAUGGCGCUUUCUGUAUAGGUUGUCUAUGGUCUGUUUUUUUUUUUAUAUUUUACCACGUGGUAAAAUAAUUCAAAUGCGUUUGUAUAUUACGCAACUGUUGAAUUUUGUAAUAGAGUAUCUCCUGAUACCAAGGAAGUUAAGUGAUUUACAUGGAUAGACCGAAUAACAUAAUUAUUUAUUAUUGUAAGCUUAUGGUUAUAGAAUUAAAGAUUUUCUGUCACAUUUGCCUCAUAGGUUUUAGUGCAUUUGUGCCCAAUUAAAUACGUGCUAUGUAUUUGAAUUUUUUCGCGGGGCGGUAACUUUCCUAGUAUAUUUCUAAUCAAGUGUAUUUUAUAUUGUUUGUUGAGUAUAAACAGGAAUGGCAUUCGAUAUAAUUUAAAAACAAUGUCUUCCGUUAGAAUAUUCAUGUUCAUUUUGUAGAAAUAGGAGUUUUUCAGUAUACAAAUCCAAUCUUUUUUAAUACAUGUACAUAUUUGAUGUAAAUUCACACAGUUAUGUGUGUGUAUGUAAAUAAAUACUGUACACUAAUAUGAAACACAAAUGUACAGUAGAGUUAUUGUCAGUAAUUUAAAUACUAGGUCAAAGUUACCGUUCUUUUCACAUGUUAUUAAUUAUUAACCGCAUAUCAUUUCACCGCUUAGAAAUAAGAUAUUUUAAAGCAAUUUGUUGAUUAGUAAAGAAUUAAAAUAUUAUAUUAGGUUAGGAAUCCAAUAUUUGUCAUUAAACUACCCCACCACUAUUCUACCGCGUAGAGGAUUUAUCACUGUUUACUUGUUAAUUAAAAUUUCCUU